AUGCUGCUGGCCUACGCCCCUGCGCUCCUCGCCGCCGCCGCGUCCUUCGCCGUGCCGGGCGCCGUCGAAGGCGCGCGCGCCGAACUCCUCAGCGCCGCGCUCGCCGCUCACUUCCUCAAGCGGGUUCUCGAGGUGCUGUUCAUGCACCGGUACAGCGGGAGCAUGCCGCUGGACACGGCGGCCACCAUCGCGUCCAGCUACCUGCUGAGCACGGCCACCAUGAUCUGCGAGCACCACCUCAGCCACGACCUGCCGGACCCCGCCGUGGACCUGCUCUACCCGGGCGUGGUCGUCUUCGCCGUCGGCCUCGCCGGCAACUUCUACCACCACUACCUCCUCUCGAGGCUGAGAGCAGACGCCGGCGGCGGCGGAGGCGGCGACGACAGGGGGUACAAGAUCCCCAGGGGCGGCCUGUUCGGGCUCGUCACCUGCCCACACUACCUCUUCGAGAUCCUCGACUUCUUCGGGCUCGCCAUGAUCGCGCAGACGCUGUACGCGCUCGCCGUCGCCACCGGAACCGCGGCCUACCUCGACGGCCGGAGCUGCGCCACCAGGAGGUGGUACCAGUCCAAGUUCCAGCAGUUCCCGGCGAGGAUCAAAGCGUUGCUGCCGUACGUGUUGUAG